AAAGCAGCACAGGUCUCCUGGUGUAGAGCGCGGAGCUCGUACUGCAAACCAUGCUGCAAUCCAGGGUAUUGGCGAUAGCUCUGAUUCUGCUCCUUAGCACCACUUUCCCCGAAGUGCACUCAAAGUCCAUCUUUGAAAAAGACCGUCGUGAUUGGUUGGUCAUUCCCGAUGCAAUUGCAUCUUACAUCUAUGAAACUGUGAACAAGAUGUCCCCUAAAGCUGGUCAGUUUUUGGCGGAUGCUGCUCAGACUCCAGUAGUUGUUGGGUCCAGGAACUUCCUCAUCAGAGAAACAACUAGACUCACUAUACUGGCUGAACAGCUGAUGGAAAAAAUAAAGAACCUGUGGUACACAAAAGUCCUAGGCUACUAGCUGGAUGAAGACAAGUCAGAGUUUCCUGACAGGAGUUGGUAGCAGCCUGCAGCAUCCUCUUUCCCCUUGCCCCUACUACUGACCAAGAUCAGUCAAUAAGACACAAUCGAUGCUCCUCUUAAUGCCACUAGAGGGAACCCAGCUUCAAAGACCAAAGGAUGGAAGGCAUCUGCUGAAGUCUCCCCACCAAAAAAACCCCCGCUGCCGCACAAGGGGAAGGCAAUGAGAUUGUAGAGCUCUUCUGUAGCCAAAUCCUGAAAAUUAAUUCCUCCUGAAUGGCUUGGCCAUUGCAUCUCAAAUAAAAAUAAACAUUGGUUGUUACACUUC